AUGGCAGAUGAGUUUAAUGCUCUUCUUCGUGCUGGGACUUGGAUUUUAGUUCCUCGUACUCCUGCUAUGAAUGUAUUGCCCAACAAGUGGGUUUUUUGGGUCAAGCGGAAUUCUGAUGGCACUAUUCAGCAUUAUAAGGCUCGCUUGGUGGCCAAUGAUUUUUAUCAGCAACCAGGCCUUGACUAUAGUGAAACCUUUAGUCCUGUUGUUAAUCAUUCUACUAUUCGCCUUAUCUUGGCUCUUUCUGUGCAGUUCAGUUGGCAUGUUCAUCAGUUUGAUGUUCAGAAUGCCUUUUUACAUGGCUAUCUUGAUGAGGAGGUUUAUAUGCGCCAGCCUGUCGACUUUGUUGAUCCUACAUAUCCUAAUCAUGUCUGCCACUUAAGACGCUUCCUUUAUGGUCUUAAGCAAGCCCCUCGCACUUGGUUCCACUGUUUCUCUUCUCACCUGCUUCGCUUGGGUUUUAUUGCUUCUCACUCUAUUCACAUUUAUUUGUUGAUUUAUGUGGACGAUAUUCUUGUUAUUGGCUCCGAUCCUCCUCGCAUCACCACCCUUAUCUCUGACUUUGGCCACCAGUUCUCUAUGAAGGAUCUUGGCCCCGCCAACUAUUUCUUGGGCAUGGAGCUUGUUCGUACUCCAUCUGGGCUUUCUAUUACUCAGACCAAGUAUGUCGUCGACCUUCUCAAGUGUGUUAACAUGCAUAAAGCUAAACCUGUGCCAACCCCAGCUAUUAGUGGUCGUCGUCUUAGCAUUUCUGAUGGGGAUCCUCUUUCUGAUCCCACUGAGUACCGUAGUACAGUUGGGGCUCUUCAGUUCUUAACUCUCACUCAUCCAGAUAUUGCAUUUGCUGUUAAUCAGGUGUGUCAAUUUAUGCAUCAACCCACUACUGCUCAUUGGCUCGCUGUCAAACGUAUUCUUCGUUAUCUGAAUGGCACACUCACUCAUGGGUUAUUCUAUUCACCUAGCACUCUCUUUCUCAGUGCGUUCUCUGAUGCCGAUUAUGCGGGGAAUCCUGAUGACCGUCGCUCCACUGGCGGUUAUCAUGUUUACUUGGGUACUAACUUAAUCUCCUGGAGUUCUAAGAAGCAUUGCGGUGUCUCACGCUCUAGUACUGAGGUGGAAUACCAUCAGCUUGCCUACACUGCCACCACUCUCUCAUGGUUCCGUGCUUUAUUUCAAGAUCUUCAUCUUCCCGCUCCUUGUCCCAAGCUUUGGUGUGAUAAUAUUAGUGCUCUUUCUCUCGCUUUUAAUCCUGUUUUUCACUCUCACACUCGUCAUGUGGAGGUGGAUUAUCAUUAUGUUCGUGAACGGGUGGUCUGGAAUGAGUUACUCGUUGCGUAUUGUUCUACGGUUGAUCAGCUUGCUGACAUUUUUACUAAAGGCUUAUCAUCUGCCCGGUUCUCCUUACUCCAGUCCAAGCUGCCUGUGCCUCACCGCCCCGUCAGCUUGCGGGGGUGUAAUGGACGUUAA